CAGUCGUGACAGGUGGUCCCGUUAGUUACCAGAAACACGAUACGCCUGGGCUUCUUAUAAAGUGUAAAAAAUAACAGGAUUUCCGUUCGUUUCCGUGUUUAUGUUGACAGAAAUGGGAGGCGUAGAACGAGCAGCCAAAGACCAACAAAGAGAAAUAAAGCAAGUUCCGUUGUGAAACCUUAGUUUGGUGACUGCAGGUUGACCGACGCUGCCUGAACCAGCCAGAGGAGUUUAUUAGCCCACUUUAUGUUAGCUUGGUAGCUAACUAGCCAAACUGAACACUACGGUGGGCUGGAUCUGUCCUAACCGGUAAUACUUGGUGGCUUGUUGACAUUUCCCAGGAGAGGCAGCAACACGUAGCUCUCUAUUGUUAAACCCUCCUUUCUCUGUCGGCGGUUGCAGCGGAAUCAACGUGAUUUGAGGCGUAGCCUCGCGCUCAGCGUCAGAGAGCCAGCAGCCUAUCCCGGAGGAUCCGCCGUCAAACACUUGAAAUGCUUUCUACUUGGAACUUGUAGCCAGGGCGCCUGUAAAUACCAACCGAGGCGAUCAUGUAAGCUGUCUUCUCGUGAUAUAUCGGAUUGGAAAGGUAUAAGAAGAGCACAUUUCAGCUCAUCAAAGAAAAAAACGACCCGUGAAAAACGCAUAGAGCCCAAGGUUAGAUCCGAGAGCUGGUCUUUCUCUCUCAGCUGAGAAGCGGAGCGUUUCAUGGUUUGAAACGUCUGUGCGUCUAAAUCCUUCUCAACAUCCUGAGGGCAACAAGAGACGGACGGAAGGAGAGGAAGCGGAGGGAGGCAGGCAGCAGGAGCCCCGACAAUCAGCCGAGGAGAGGCAUCGCUGAAAUGAGAUGAGGCUCAGAAAUGGAACUGUGGCCACUGCGUUAAUAUUCUUCACAUCCUUCCUCAGCCUGUCCUGGUACACAGCAUGGCAGAACGGCAAAGAGAAGCUGAUAGCAUACCAACGGGAGUUCCAUGCUUUGAAAGAGAGGCUUCGAGUUGCAGAGCACAGGACUCUGCAGCGUUCGUCUGAGCUCAACCACAUUCUGGAGCAGUUCAGACGGGCCAUCGCUGAAACCAACAGCAGCAAAGAUGCACUAACAAACUUUUCAGAUGAGACUCAGAAGCUACUGAAGGAGCUCACAAACAGGAAACCUCUCCAGGUGCCAAACAUCUACCACCACCUGCCUCACCUUCUGAACAAUGAGGGCAGCCUGCAGCCAGCAGUGCAAGUCGGUCUUGGUCGCACAGGAGUUACCAUGGUGAUGGGAAUCCCCACAGUGAAGCGAAAGGUGAAGUCGUAUCUGUCAGAGACGCUGCGUUCGCUUAUAGACAAGCUCUCAGCAGAGGAAAAGCUUGACUGUGUCAUCAUUGUGUUUGUCGGGGAGACUGACCUGGACUAUGUCCACAGCGUGGUUGAUGGCCUGGAAAAAGACUUUUCUACAGAGCUCAACUCUGGCUUGGUGGAGGUCAUCUCCCCACCAGCUACCUAUUAUCCAGAUCUGACCAACCUAAAAGAGACUUUUGGAGACUCCAAAGAAAGAGUCAGAUGGCGAACAAAGCAGAAUUUGGAUUAUUCCUUUCUCAUGAUGUACGCUGUGAGCAAAGGGGUUUAUUAUGUCCAGCUGGAGGAUGACAUUGUGGCCAAGCCCAACUAUUUUGCCACCAUGAAGAACUUUGCCCUGCAGCUGUCUUCAGAGGACUGGAUGAUCCUGGAGUUCUCCCAGCUUGGCUUCAUCGGAAAAAUGUUCCAGGCUCCAGAUCUGAACCUCAUUGUUGAGUUCAUCUUUAUGUUCUACAAAGAGAAGCCAAUCGACUGGCUGCUGGACCACAUACUCUGGGUCAAAGUCUGUAACCCUGAGAAAGAUGCGAAACACUGUGAGCGACAGAAAUCCAGCCUUCGCGUGCGGUUUAGACCCUCUCUAUUUCAACACGUCGGACUCCAUUCUUCUCUUGCUGGAAAGAUUCAGAAACUGACGGAUAAAGACUUCCUGAAGCCGCUACUCCAUAAAAUGCAUGUUAACCCCCCUGCAGAGGUCUCCACUUCAAUGAAGGUUUAUCAGGGCCACACUCUGGAGAAGACGUACCUUGGAGAAGAUUUCUUCUGGGCCAUCACCCCUACUUCUGGAGACUACAUUUUAUUUAAAUUUGACCGACCGGUUAGCAUAGAAAGGUUCCUGUUUCGCAGCGGUAACCAGGAGCACCCAGGAGACAAGAUUGAGAACACCACAGUGGAAAUACUUCCUUCCUCGGAAAGUGGACUGCAGACCAAAGAGAAGUACAAGCGAACUGAAGAUCGCUUCUACAGGAUCGGUCAGUUUGAGAAAGGUGUGGCAGAGGGGGUUGUAGAUCCAGCCUUCAACCCAGUUGUUGCCCUUCGACUCUCAGUUCAGAAAAACUCUGCUGUGUGGGCCAUCCUUAGUGAGGUACAUAUAAAGAGGGUAUCUGGCUGAGUGCUCAGGAGGAGGUACAUGAAUCAUAGCCCCUGGAGGGCCAAAGUCUCCCAGACUGCUAAUGCGGGGUCUCUAGUACCUAGCAACCAGCAGAGAAGUCAUUAGAGCUUAGACUUGUCUAAGAAAUGCCAGCUCUCUGUCCUCGUUCUACCUGAUUUGCUUUGUUUUUGCUUCUUAUUUAUCAGUCUCUCCCUGACUUUCUUCAUGACUCCCACACUCUUGUGAUUUUAUUUUUGAGAAUGUGAAUACUACUGUCUGCAGUCAACAAGGAGGGUGUGAAGACAUCCGCUCGCAGCCUGGCUUCUCAGAGGAACAGUGUCGCAGAGCGGCUUUGAAUCCAAUCAGAUAAUUGCUGGAAGAAUGCACGCGGCUGAAUCUUUACAGGUGGGGGGAACCAAUCCACCUGGCCAGUGGUAGAGAUGAUGCCAAAUCCCUCUCACUUACUCAAUGCUGCCACAUGUGGGCGAGCAGGGGCAUUGCACUGUCUCUCGUGCCUCAGCAAACCCCAGCGAUGAUCAAGAAUGUUGACGUCUCCUAACGGUGGGCUGGCUCCAAAAGCAGCGGCGGAGGUCUAACACGGGACUCUAGAUGCACACCAGCCCAAACUGAUAUCUUCUCUUCACUCCAAUCAAACAGAUAUCCUGUUGUUAGGCUGGUGGGAGUAUUUUUCCAUAUAUUCCAACCUAAGGCAGCCUAUUGAUCCACAAAAAAAAUCAGCUGUAUGUCAUCAAAUCUCUCUCACCUCAAGGUCAUUUUAGGGUUAGCUAACAGGGACUUUAGCGAGGCAAAAUUUCCUCAAAGAAAUAUAUUGUUAUACUGAUAUAUUAUUAUUACAACUAUGACUGACGAUCUAUGAAGUUGACUUAAUUUAUUGAAAAUAAAUCUUUAAUUUGUACAAGAGUUAAAAUAUAUUUUAUUCUAAAAGAUGUUUAUGGUAGUUAUGAGUCUGUGUUUUUAUGGACUUUUCUUUUUAAUCUAAAUAGUUUCUGUAAUUUUUAGUUUUCAUGGCAUACAGCUCCUUGCAAAGUCUUGUGUCAACAAAUUCAUUUUCAUGGUAUUGAAAGUUAAACAGUAGGAGGAUUGUACUAGAUUCUGUUUUAGUUGUUGCAGGGUUCCUACACGUUUUAAUAUGAAACCUAUGUUAAAACAUUUUCCAAGAAUCUUCUGGGUUCCAAUUUAAAGAAAAAGAAAAUCAGACUUUCUAAGAAAUAAGGAGGUAAUUAUGUGGUUAUCACAUCAUAAUUGGUGUUAAUCUUUAUUUUAUGACUGUAGUGGGAGAGGAUGAGACAAUGAGGGGAAAAAAAUGGCCUGGAAGUGAUCAUUUUCUCUUAUAUUAGGAGGUUCAUAAAGUUAUUGUGCCUGCUGUACUGGGAAUGUAUCAAGACAAAUUAAGCUGGAGAUCCUAGUUCCAUAUGAUGAGACAAUGUGGCUGUAAAUACUUU